AUGCCUUCGGACCUGGAGCUUCUAGCCGACAUGGGCUUUGACCCAGAGCGGGCCAAAAUAGCAGUGUCUAAAUCCGGCGGCUUACAGGGGGCCCUCGAGUGGCUAGAAGCCAACCAAGACAAGUCGCUGGAAGAAAUACAAGAGGAAACGGCCCAGAAACAGUCAGAAGCAGGAGCGUCGGAUGAACCGCCAGAGCUAAAACCUGGAGAAGAACCAAAGAGCUUGGUCUGUAAUGAGUGCGGGAAACGGUUCAGAAGCCAGGGCCAGGCCGAAUUCCACGCUUCUAAAACAGAACAUGUUGACUUUUCAGAGUCGACGGAGGAGAUCGCACCGCUCACGGAGGAAGAGAAGAAGGCUAAACUAGAAGAGCUACGUCAAAGACUGGCAGAAAAAAGGCAAAAAAUGUCUGAGCAGGAUAAGAAGGACCAAAAAAGAAACGAGGUUAGAUUUAUAAAUUCUUUCUUUUUGGAAUUCAUGUUUCAAAGUCUGACCCCCAGGUUCAAUUAUCAGGAAAUCCGCCGCAAGAGCACGAAGGAGACUCAGGAUAUGAAGGAAGAACUUCAACGAAAAGAACAGUUGAAGGAAGCAGCUAAAAAGAAGCGUGAGAAACAAGAAGAAAUUGAAGUAAAGGCACGGAUAAAGGCCAAGAUCGAAGCAGACAAGCAGGCUCGGAAAUUGAAGGCAGAGAAAGAAAAAGCGGAACGAGAAGGUCGUGUUCUGGAGGAACAAAAGGCACAGCCUACACCAGCUGCAGCUCCAGUGGCCUCAAAGCCAGCUUCAGCAUAUACAGAGACGAGACUGCGACUGAUGACACCAUCCGGGAAUGUCAUCAAGUCCUUCCCUGUUGAUACCACCCUCUUUGAGGUUGCCGCCGCUCUACAGCAGGAAGGGAAUCAGGUGAAUAGCUUUACACAGACGUUUCCAAAGAAGGUUUUCAAUCAGGAAGACUUUGGGGCUACGUUAAAAGAGCUGGGUUUUGUGCCAAGUGGAAGCCUUAUCGUGGGCUGA